GCAGGACUGGCAUCUCCUGAAAAUCCCGAGCAGUUGAUCAUUGCCCUGGAACCCGAGGCUGCCUCUAUCUACUGCCGAAAGCUGCGCCUGCACCAGAUGAUAGACCUGAGUAGCAGGGCGCCUGUCAAUGGUUAUAGCCCAAGUGACACUAUUGGAACUGGAUUUACACAGGCUAAGGAACACGUCCGUCGUCAUCGACAGAGUCGUACUUUUUUGGUGGAAAAUGUCAUAGGAGAGAUCUGGUCCGAACUGGAGGAAGGUGACCGUUACAUCGUUGUUGACAGUGGAGGAGGAACAGUUGAUAUGACUGUCCAUCAGAUCAGGCUCCCUGAAGGACAUCUUAAGGAGCUGUAUAAGGCAACAGGUGGGCCAUAUGGUUCUCUAGGUGUGGACUAUGAAUUUGAAAAGCUCCUGUGUAAAAUAUUUGGAGAAGAUUUUAUUGAUCAAUUUAAAAUCAAGCGUCCUGCUGCCUGGGUAGAUCUCAUGAUAGCAUUUGAGUCUCGUAAACGGGCAGCAGCUCCAGACAGGACCAAUCCACUAAACAUCACUCUGCCUUUCUCCUUUAUUGACUAUUACAAGAAGUUUCGGGGUCACAGUGUAGAACAUGCCUUGAGGAAAAGCAAUGUGGACUUUGUGAAGUGGUCCUCCCAGGGAAUGCUGAGAAUGAGCCCAGAUGCAAUGAAUGCUCUUUUCAAACCUACAAUCGACCAGAUUGUUCAGCACCUUAGUGAUGUGUUUGAUAAGCCAGAAGUGACCAAUGUCAAGUUUCUGUUCCUGGUGGGUGGCUUCGCUGAAUCCCCUUUACUCCAGCAAGCUGUCCAGAGUGCUUUUGGUUCGAGAUGUCGGGUCAUCAUUCCUCAGGAUGUGGGGCUCACUAUCCUCAAAGGAGCUGUUCUUUUUGGUCUAGACCCUGCUGUCAUCAAAGUGCGGCGCUCACCUCUCACUUAUGGUGUGGGUGUGCUCAAUCGGUUUGUGGAAGGGAAGCAUCCACCUGAGAAGCUUCUAAUCAAAGAUGGCACACGCUGGUGCACUGAUGUCUUUGACAAAUUUAUCUCAGCCGACCAAUCUGUAGCCCUUGGAGAAACUGUGACACGCAGUUACACACCUGCCAAACCUUCUCAGUUAGUAAUAGUGAUCAAUAUCUAUAGCUCAGAACAAGAUAAUGUCAGCUUCAUCACCGAAUCCGGAGUGAAAAAGUGUGGCACCCUUCGCUUGGAUCUCACAGGAACUGAUGCUUUAGUGCCAAAUCGGCGGGAGAUCAAAACACUUAUGCAGUUUGGGGACACUGAAAUCAAAGCCAUGGCUAUUGAUGUUGCCACCUCUAAGAGUGUCAAAGUUGGUAUUGAUUUCUUAAACUAUUAACAGCCCAUUUUCCCC